ACCGCAAGAUGAGCAAUUGAUGCUUCACCUGCCCAAACUCCAAUCCCUAAAUUGGGUUCGUGAGGUUGCUCCAUGAGAUGACAAAAGGGCUCAAGGUCGACCCUAAGCAGAAUUCUCUAGAAUUGCUCGACAUGAAAGCCAUGAAGAUACUAGUCUUCUUCUUGCUCUUCUGCCUCUCUUCGGAUCCCAUUUUGUCAAGCCCCGGUCGCUACGAGGCAAUCUUCAACUUCGGCGACUCUCUAAGUGACACCGGAAACUUCCUCCGUUCUGGGGCACUCGCAUUUCCGGUCAUCGGGAAGCUCCCUUAUGGCGAGACUUUUUUCCGCCACGCGACCGGUCGAUGUUCGGAUGGACGCCUCAUUGUCGAUUUCAUAGCUGAAGCAUUUGGACUGCCUCAUCUUCCACCAUACCUCGCAGUAGCCAAAGGCCCACACGUCCGUACGGGAGUGAACUUCGCAGUUGCUGGUGCCACAGCACUCGACUCAUCAUUCUUCUAUGCUAAGAAGAUUGGGCCACUGAUGUGGACCAAUGACUCGUUGAGUGUUCAGCUUCGCUGGUUCAAGAAUUUGAAGUCGUCUCUCUGCACCACCAAACAACAAUGUGAUGAGUACUUCAACAGGUCCCUGUUUCUGGUGGGGGAGAUAGGUGGAAAUGACUACAACUAUCCCUCCUUUGUCGGUGCAAGCAUUAAACAGCUCCAUGCUUUGGUACCGCUAGUGGUUGGAGCAAUCACUCGUGCCGUCGGUAUGCUGAUAGAAGAAGGGGCUGUGAAUCUGGUGGUGCCGGGAAACUUGCCGGUAGGCUGCUCCGCAGUUUAUUUGACUUUAUUUCACAGCCCUGACAAAUCAGCCUACGAUCCGGGAACCGGAUGCCUCAAGGCUUAUAAUGUUUUCGCCAAGUAUCACAAUAACUAUCUCAAGCAAGAAUUGCAAAAUCUGAGAGAACAAUACCCUCAUGCAAGAAUCAUGUAUGCUGAUUAUUAUGGUGCCGCCUUGCCUAUCUAUCACACUCCCAAACACUACGGCUUUUAUGGAGGGACACUAAGGGCUUGCUGUGGAGGAGGCGGUCCAUUUAACUUCAAUAAUUCAGCAAGGUGCGGCCAUACCGGCUCGACUGCUUGCAGAGAUCCAUCGGCUUUCGCCAAUUGGGAUGGGAUUCACCUGACCGAGUCUGCCUAUCAUCACAUCGCCAAAAGGUUGAUCUACGGGGGCUUCAUAUCUCCUCCACUCCGACCUUAAUUAUUAUGUUUCUUUUUUUGUCUUUUUCUUUCAAUCCUUAGGGUUUGAAUUGAAAAUUGGAGUGCGACAAUUUAGUAUGAUGAUAUUAAUAAAUGUUUGUGAACCUAAGGAAAUUAGAAAUAUGGUAGGGCUUCAUGACAUAUCUAAAUAGAAAUAAUGGUUAUAGCGUAUUUUUACGAAA